CCCGUCCCGGUCCGGCCCCUCCCCACGGGACCGCGGCCGGAGCCAGGGCGGCGAUGGCGGAGAAGGCCCUGGAGGCGGGCGGCGUUGGCCCUGGCCCUGGCCCUGGCCCCGGCCCCGGGCCGGGCCCCGUGGCGGGGGCCGUGGGGUUAGAGGAAGGGGCGGCGGGGCGGGCGGCGGCGGCCCCCGCGGACCCCCCGCUGCUCACCACGCACCUGAAGAAGGUGGAGAACCACAUCACCGAGGCCCAGCGCUUCUCCCACCUGCCCAAACGCUCGGCCGUGGACGUGGAGUUCGUGGAGCUCAGCUACUCCGUGCGCGAAGGGCCCUGUUGGCGCAAGAGGGGGUACAAGACCCUACUCAAGUGUCUGUCCGGCAAGUUCUCCCGCAGGGAGCUUAUCGGCAUCAUGGGCCCCUCCGGCGCCGGCAAGUCCACCUUCAUGAACAUCCUCGCGGGGUACAGGGAGUCAGGCAUGAAGGGGCAGAUCCUGGUGAACGGGAGGCCCCGGGAGCUGCGCACCUUCCGCAAGAUGUCGUGUUACAUCAUGCAGGACGACAUGCUGCUUCCCCAUCUCACCGUGCUCGAGGCCAUGAUGGUCUCCGCCAACCUGAAGCUGAAUGAAAAACUGGAAGUCAAGAAGGAGUUGGUGACGGAGAUCCUGACGGCGCUGGGCCUGCUGGACUGUUCGCGUACACGCACCGGGUUGCUCUCCGGAGGGCAGCGAAAGCGCCUGGCCAUCGCCCUGGAGCUGGUCAACAACCCUCCCGUCAUGUUCUUUGACGAGCCCACCAGUGGCCUGGACAGCGCGUCCUGCUUCCAGGUAGUGUCCCUCAUGAAGUCCCUGGCCCAGGGGGGCCGCACCAUCAUCUGCACCAUCCACCAGCCCAGCGCCAAGCUCUUCGAGAUGUUUGACAAGCUGUACAUCUUGAGCCAAGGCCAGUGCAUCUUCAAAGGGGGGGUCACCAACCUGAUCCCCUAUCUGAAAGGGCUGGGCCUGCACUGCCCCACCUACCACAACCCGGCCGAUUUCAUCAUCGAAGUGGCAUCGGGCGAGUAUGGCGACUUGAAUCCCCUGCUCUUCCGGGCGGUUCAGAAUGGACUGUGCACCACGGCGGAGAAGAAGGGCAGCCCAGGGCAUGGCGAUACCAACACCCCCUGCCCCCCGCGCCCCACGGAAGUGGACCACAUCGAAAGCCACACCUUUGCCACCAGUACCCUCACGCAGUUCUGCAUCCUCUUCAAGAGAACCUUCCUGUCCAUCCUCAGGGACACGGUGCUCACACACCUGCGGUUCAUGUCCCACGUGCUCAUCGGCGUCCUCAUCGGCCUGCUCUACCUGCACAUCGGCGACGACGCCGGCAAAGUCUUCAACAAUACUGGCUGCCUCUUCUUCUCCAUGCUCUUCCUCAUGUUCGCCGCCCUCAUGCCCACCGUCCUCACUUUCCCGCUGGAGAUGGCCGUCUUCAUGCGCGAACAUCUCAACUACUGGUACAGCCUCAAAGCGUACUACCUGGCCAAGACAAUGGCUGAUGUUCCCUUCCAGGUAGUGUGUCCCAUCGCCUACUGUAGCAUCGUGUACUGGAUGACGAGCCAACCCCCCGAGGCCACCCGCUUCCUGCUCUUCUCUGCCCUGGCCACGGCCACCGCUCUUGUAGCCCAGUCCUUGGGGCUACUCAUUGGCGCGGCCUCCAACUCCCUGCAGGUGGCCACCUUCGUGGGACCUGUCACGGCCAUCCCGGUCCUCCUCUUCUCCGGCUUCUUCGUCAGCUUCAAAACCAUCCCAACAUACCUGCAGUGGAGCUCCUACCUCUCCUACGUCAGGUACGGCUUCGAGGGCGUGAUCCUGACCAUCUACGGGAUGGGGCGGGCGGACCUGUCCUGCCCGGUCAGCUUCUGCCCCUUCCAGCAGCCCAGCCGCAUCCUGCAGGAGCUGGACGUGGAGGACGCCCGGCUCUAUCUGGAUUUCCUCGUGCUGGGGGUCUUCUUCCUGGCCCUCCGGCUCCUGGCCUAUCUGGUCCUGCGCUACCGGGUCAAAUCGGAGAGAUAGAUAGAGCUCUCCAUCCCCACCGCUGGAGACCCCCGCCC